AUGGGUACUCUUGUUGGCAUGCCCGUAACUAUCCAAAAAGGACUUCGCUGGAAGAAGGACCGGUCUUCAGGAGUGAUGCCCGAGUGGACAGCCGACCCCAGCAUUGAGGACAUCACAACCCUCGUGCGACGAGAGCUGAAGAUCCCGACUCCAGACCCAUGCAACAACUUCAACAAUGAUUACACCGUCACAUGUGGCCGCGGCCAAGAAUACAUCCUGCGUCUAACUGUCCCUGUCGACGCACGAUCAAAGACUAUGAGCGAGGUGGCUACUAUCGAGUACAUCCGUCAUCACACUGAGGUUCCAGUACCACAGGUCUUCUGCUACCAGGCUAAUACCGACAACGAACUUGGACUUGAGUGGAUACUCAGGGCGCGUAUGCCCGGCCGCAAACUGGGUGAUGAAUGGGAGGGCAUGGACUAUCUCAAGAAAGAGCAGUUACGGUUCGAUAAACUGGGUAAUCUGUAUCCCGCGAAUGAACUUCCUCACUUAACCACGCCAGGCCUGAAUGAUAUCGCCUUACUUACACUGGAGGCCUCAUUCCUCUCUACGAAAGUCGGCCUAGGCAAGAUCGUCUCCGCGCCCUUCUUCUGGGGCGCACACAUCGACCACAACGUCCCGCGCGGCCCUUACAAGCAUCCGCGCCUUCAAUAUGCCCGUAAAAAGGUCGAAGAAGCUAAGCAGCGAGCGCAGCGCCUACUUGAUCUCAUACCGAAGGUUUUUCCUGAGCAGGCGGAGGAAGAGGUAUUCGUGCUCCACCACCAAGACCUCCACGCAGCCAACAUAUUCGUCGACUCCAACGGCUCCUUAACCGGUAUCUUCGACUGGGAAUGCGCGCACAUCGCCCCCCUAUGGCUCGCAUGCCAACUACCCUCAUUCCUAGAGCUGACUGACGCUACCGCAGCAUUGUCUGCCUACCUCAACAUCGAAUAUGUUAAUGAGGAGUACAAAACGCAAGUAAAGCUUCGACAAUUUUUCCUGGAAGAGAUGCAGCGUAUCUGUCCCGAAUGGGUCGAGGUGCACAAGGCUGGUCAGCUGAAAGUAAGGUUUGCACAGUGUGUGCAGCAUUUUGGUAAGGCGGGUGAUGGGAAGUGGAUUGAGAGGUGGAUUGAUGGGGUGGAGAAGGAGGGGAGUGCGCCGAUGUUGAAGGAGAUUGUGAGGGCUGAGUGGGUUAGGGAUUAUGUUCAUGGUGGGUAUCCUUUUGCGUCCCGGCUUUUCUAG